AAACAACGUGGCCCUUGUUCCUGCUAGCAGGUGAACAUUUCCUUGAUAGUGAAUGACAAUGAAACGGAACAAUGCGUGAGGGCGCUUCAUUCGACGUUUUCGAGAUGGGGAUUCUCUCUGAACUCAAUAAAGCAGACGCAUUCCAAAAUGGCCAUGCAGGAAGUUCACGUGAAAUGAAAAUGGUGGAAGUGUCGGCCUCUGCUUCCCACAUGCCGGACUGCAGAUUGGCCUCUACUUCCCACUUGCUGGACUCAAACACAAUUCCUUGCAACAUGCCGGACCUGAAGACAGCUCUGCUUAACUUUCUCUUGAUAAAGGACUUUUAUCCCAGGAAAAUUCAUGCUUUGUUUGAUUCCAAAGAUGUUAAGGGCUUGCAGGGUAUCUUUGCACGUGCGGGUGUCAUAUUGGCUUUUUUAAUUGCCCUGUUAGCUUUCAUUUACAAAUUAACCGCUGGUAGAUGAUGGUGGAUGUCCCUCGUCUAUCAAUGGGAGAACUUUUUUUCUGGAGCAUGAGUGGAUGUUGGUACCGAACUUUUCUUGGUGGAGAUGAGUUGGAUUGGAAGUUAGUAAUUUGGUUUUUUUGGACAAGUUCAAUCAGGAAAUAAUAGGGUAGUUUGCUCUUUAGUUGAAAAUUUUGUCAUGUUUGUAUAAGGUCUUCUUAACUUAACUCAACAGUUGUAAAGUUUGCUCAAAGCCUUUGGCCUUGCAUGUUGUUGUUAGCCAGAAAUUAGCACUUCCAGUGAUGGAUUAUAUAUGGUGUAGAGGAUGUAGGUCCUCCCAAAAUGAUGCAGUUCCACAACUCAGUUGUUGGAUUAAACCAUAUGAAACAUUUUACACUGACUAGUCAA